CAGCCUUUUUCCCCCUUCCUGUCUGUGGGACCAACUCUAACCCCUGCCCUCUGUUUUCCCUUUCCUUUUUUUCAAGUUUCUGACGACGUUGCAGGCGCUAUCAUGGGAGGCAAGAACAAGCAGCGAACUAAGGGCAACGUACGGCCUUCUAGCAGUGGAAGAACAGCUGAACUUCUAGCUAAAGAACAAGGAACUGUUCCUGGAUUUGUUGGCUUUGGCACCUCUUCAAGUGACCUGGGAUACGUUCCUGCAGUUCAGGGAGCUGAAGAAAUAGAUAGCCUUAUAGAUGCUGAUUUUCGUAUGGUGCUAAGAAAACUUUCCAAAAGAGAUGUCACAACCAAGUUAAAAGCUAUGCAAGAAUUUGGGGCAAUGUGCAAAGAAAGAGAGACGGAGAUUGUUAAAGGAGUUCUACCUUACUGGCCUAGAAUUUAUUGUAAAAUUUCUCUUGAUCAUGAUCGCCGAGUCCGGGAAGCAACACAGCAAGCUUUUGAACAGCUUAUUCUGAAAGUCAGAAAACAUUUAGCUCCUCAUUUAAAAAACAUUAUGGGAUAUUGGCUUAUAGCUCAGUGUGAUAUUUACUCUCCAGCAGCAUCAGCAGCAAAAGAGGCAUUUGAAAAGGCCUUUCCACCAAGCAAACAACCUGAAGCCUUAAUGUUUUGUAAAGAUGAAAUUUUAAAUGUACUACAGGAUAAUCUUUUGAAAGAAACUCCUGAUACACUAAGUGAUCCACAAGCAGUUCCAGAAGAAGAAAGAGAAGCCAAGUUUCAUCGAAUUAUAACUUCUUCUUUAUUAUCUUUAAAGAAAUUGCUUUGUAUGAUGCCCGAUAAUGAGAUUAAAUCAUUGGAAGAGAGACUUAAGACACUUCUCUCUCAAAACAAAUUUUGGAAAUAUGGGAAACAUAACAUAGCACAGGUUCGUUCGGCUUUCUUUGAGGUAAUUACUACUUUUUGUCAACAUAUUCCUGAGUCCAUGAAUGAAGAAGCAUCAAGAGUUUGUCCAGCUGUUCUUCUUAGCAUUGAUGAUAGUGAUGCUAUUGUAUGCAUUGCUCUUUGGGAAGCUGUACUUCAUGUCCUUACUACUAUUGAGGAUUGUUGGAGCCAUGUAAAUGCAAAAAAAGGAGUUCUACCAAAAUUAUGGACAGUGCUUCAAGAAGGAGGAAGAGGACUUGCUACUGUUAUAUAUCCUAAUAUCUUGCCAUUUAUUAGCAAGGUGCCUCAUAAUGUUGCAGAUCCAAAGUUGAAUUAUUCAACAACAUUCUUCACUUCUAUAAUUAAAGGGCUAUUCACCGAAAGAGCGAUGGUUUGUCGUUCAGAAUCUUCAGCAAUCAUAUCAACUUUUAUGGAGUGUUUACAAUUUACAGUCCUACAGAAUAUUGGUGAAGAAGAAGAAGAAGUUAAAAUACAAGAAAUGCUUAUAAAUAUCCAGUUAAUUCCUCUCAUUGAUACAGUAAUUAAAGAGCCCAAGUUACAAAAUGGAUCUUUGUUUUAUGAGAUAGCAGACAUGCUGAAUGUUUGGAAAACAAAAGCAGAAAUAACUAAUGAUGAUAGAACAUCCAUCACUUUUCAGAGAAUGUUAUCUAACUUUUGGGAUGGCCUUUCAAAUAUAUGUGUGGGACAUGUUGCUGUAAUGGAUGCAGAUGAGAAAUCGUUGGCUGCUGUGUCUUCUUUGUUGCAAAUUCUUCAGAACCCAGAAAACAAGAUGAAAACAAGUAGAAAAAAAGCUGUAAAUGUAAGAUUUGUAGAAGACAGAAAAGUUGAAAUUAACGCCGAACGUGAGAAUUUUGUUGACAUGAGAACUAGCAAUGAAUCCAGUAAUGUUAUUCAUGAAAUUCAUAGGAAACAUACUUUUCCUCUACAGAAUGAAUCUUUAGAAGGUUUAGUUUGUAAACUUUCAGAACUAAGCAUAGGGUACACCAGCCAACAGACAUCUGACCAACACUUAAAGUUCCUCUCUGCUCUACUCAGCACCUUUGCUUCCCAUAAAGUUUUCCAGGUGCUUAUAGAAGAAAGCGAUGAUGUUCAGUAUGAAAAUCCAUCUAUUCAGUUUCUGCACGAAAAGUUAAUUGUUUGGCUGAAAGAAGAUUGGAGAAAAGAGACAGACUUCCUGGUUGAUAUUUUAUAUAGCAUUCUCCAUUGCUGCAGCAGUCCCAUAGAGAGGGAAAAUAUUCUCAAUGAUUUAACAAAGAUGGAUCUAAAAUGGAGUAUUCUUCUUCAAAUAAUCCAAAAGGCUUGUUCAAGCUCUGAAAAACAUUCCUUAAGUUCUACAUGGCUAAAAGGAGAUGUAUUAGGUGAGAAGCUUGUGACUCUGGCCCAUGAUCUGUGUAACAUCAGCUUGAAGAUGACAGUAACUUCAGCUGAAUCAUUUCAUUCAGAACAAUGGACUCUCCUAAGCUUGGUAUUAUCUCAGUUAAUUAAAAAUGAGUCCUUAAUUGGUGAAGUUUAUGUUAAAAGAAUAAUUGACAAACUUCAAGCCGCUCUGUCAAAAGCUAAGGAUCUUUCAGAAGCUGGAAAUACAGAACUAUCAGUGUCUUUCAUCUGUGACAUAGCCUCCAGUUUUUUCACUUCGGUUAAAGGAUGUUUAAUGAUGCCAUCCUCUGAAGAUUUAUUAUUCACUAUUUUCCAGUUAUGUGCACAGACCCAGGAUAUAACACGUUUAUCAGAUUUCCUUGUAAAUAAAUUGAAGCAUACUUGGAUGUGUGGCAUCACUUCACUUGUGUGUCAGCGUAGCAUUCUGCAUAAGGAGAGCAGCUUCCUACAGAAAUCUGCAUUCUGGGUCAAGAACCAGCUUCAGACAUCAGUAUUGGAUAUAAAAAGUUUGCAGGUUUUGAUCUCUGUGGUCAAUAAUUUGUUGACUACAUUGCUAGAAGCUGAAGAUGUUUCUGCUUGUGUUCUGAAUGAUUAUGUUGAAUGGCUUACUCCAACUCAGACUGAAUGGGAAAAGAUGCGGGAAUCUCUGUCCACUGAGUGGUUGAGGAAACCACUUCUGGAAGGAAGACUAAGUAUUAAUUGUGAAUUACCUGGAAUAGAUCAUAAAUUUUCUAUCCCAGCUAAACUUCCAAGUCAUCUUUGUACUGCAGCUCUGCUUAGUAGAAUGGCAUUAUUGAUACUGGAAAAGAAGGCUGUGUUUGAAAAUUCUGAAAUAGAAAGAAGAAAAAUUGAUAAUAUCAUUGUAGAACAGCUGUAUGCCUUACAGUGGAUUGAAGAAUUAGCAAACCCAUCUGGUUUGCUACUUGAAUUUCUUCAUAAUACUGAAGUAAUGAAAAUUUCACAUGAAAAUUUCUAUCUACUCAAUAUUUCCCAACUUUUACAAAUAUUGUUCAAUAGAUCAAAAGAGAGUGGACGACUUUGGGCUUUAACAAUGGCUAAAUUGAUAAAUACAAAAAACUUUGCACCCUCUGAGAUUAAAGCACUUUUUGAUUCAUUUGAGAGCUUUUUCCCAUUAACUGAAGGAAACCUGCAUACACUUCAGAGUCUGUCUCCAGUUUUAUCCGAGGAAGAUAAAGAAGAACUUGUCAUUAGAUUCACAGCUAAACUAAUGACAUGUAAUGGAACUGAUCUCUUCGGUACUGAGGGAGCAUUUGGAUAUCUUGGCAUUUUAAAUUCCUGCUUGAAUACUCAAGAUACUGAUUAUGGAGAAGUAAUGGCUGGAAUAUUGAAGGUCAUCGUAUCUUGGCGCAGUGAUUAUGAAGAUAGUUUUCUUUUCAGCUGCAAUCUACAAGAAACAAAUCCACAGCUGCUUGGUUUAAAUAUAGAAAUGAUCCGUUUCAUUUCUCUGUUGCUGAAGAAGCCUGUCUCCUUAUUGGAGAGUGAAUGGGAUUUUGUCAUGUGCUCCAUGCUAGCAUGGUUAGAAACAACCUGUGAAAACCCAGAAGUCUUUCCUGCCGCACAGGUACAAGUCUUUGCUUCUGUUAGCUGUGACCUGAGUGCUUCUCUAAGUGCAUACUUCCAGGCAGCAACUCCUGAAAUCGUUGAAAAAUUUCCAGAAAACCUCAUGUCUGAAUGGCGGGACUUCUUUUCAGAAGGCAUUCAUAGCUUGCUUCUGCCUCUGUUGGCAAAAAUCACCAGAAAAGAACAAGAUGUAAUGGAAACAUCAUUUCAGAACUCCAUGUUGAAAUCUUUGGGUAAAGCUUUAACAUAUAUAUCAAAGGAUCAGUUACUGAACCACAGGCUUCCUGCCAAAUUUGUUGCUGGUCAGAAAACAAAUCUCCCUGACAAUAUACAGACUUUGUUAAAUACUUUUUCUCCAUUAUUACUCUUCAGAGCUAGACCUGUUCAAAUUACAGUGUACCACAUGCUAAACAAGAUAAUGUCUGAUUUACCUAAAUUUGACAACGUGGAUCUCAGAUCUUAUGGUGAUGAAGAGGAGGAACUAUUAUUGUCCCCACCAGCAGCACUUAUGACUGUUCUUACCACUCAGGAAGAUUUACUAGAAAACAUCCUAGAAUGCAUUCCAGUUGGAGAAUUUGCAGAAAUUCAGCCAAUGAGUGAUGAGUUUUGCCUUAUUUUAGGAUACCUUCUUACCUGGAAAUUAAUUCUUUCUUUCUUCAAAGGAGCUUCUUCCCAGCUUCGAGCUCUUUAUUCACAAUGCCUUCGAAGAACUAAGAGUUUGAAUAAACUAUUAUAUCACUUGUUCAGGCUUAUGCCAGAAAACCCAACUUUUCCUGGAUCAAUAUCAGAGCUUUCAAAUAAAGAUGUAAAAACAUAUUUUACUGAAGAGCUUGAUUUAGACAUCAAAGACACACUAGCAAUGUCUUCACACAUUCCACAUUUGGCUUGCACUGUCUAUUGUAUGACCUUAAAAGAUUUGCCAGCUAUGGUUCGUCUUUGGUGGAACAGUUGUGAGAAGCGAGUCUUCAACGUUGUAGAUAAAUUUACAAGCAAAUACGUUAGUGGUAUAUUGUCUUCCCAAGAAAUAUCUUCUGUGCAGACCAGUACCCAGUUGUUUAAUGGCAUGACGGUAAAAGCUCGAUCUGCCACUCGAGAAGUCAUUGCUACUUACUCAGUUGAUGAUAUAUUCAUUGAACUGAUCAUACAGCUUCCCCCAAAUUAUCCUUUGGGCUCCAUAGCUGUAGAGAGUGGGAAAAGGGUUGGUGUAGCAGUUCAGCAAUGGCGCAAUUGGAUGCUGCAGCUUAGCACUUACCUCACUCAUCAGAAUGGAAGCAUUAUGGAAGGGCUAGCAUUGUGGAAAAACAAUGUGGAUAAACGAUUUGAGGGUGUUGAAGACUGCAUGAUCUGUUUCUCAGUUAUACAUGGCUCCAACUACUCCCUUCCCAAAAAAGCUUGCAGAACAUGCAAGAAAAAGUUCCAUUCAGCCUGCCUGUACAAAUGGUUUACAUCUAGCAACAAAUCCACUUGCCCUCUUUGCCGAGAGACUUUCUUCUGAUAUACAUCAUUUUUCUGCUUCAGUGAGCCUAAAGAAGCAAUUGAAAACCAUCAUACUUGGACUGAGCAGUAAAACCUUAAUUUCUUCACUUACAAUAAAAAGUUUGAACUGA